GGGCGCUGUUGGACGCACCUCCGUGAACUUUGUUCCACAAGUGGGUCUGCCGUGCGGUCCGCUCCCUCCCUUCCCACUGCUCCGGGUCGUUCUUCAGGAAGUGCCGCGGACAUGGACCGAAGUCUCGCAGGACAACGCAACAUCUGAGCCAGGGGCCUGCAGCCACUCAUUCAUUCACGGUCGACACCUCAGGGAUCAAAAGGUGUGGAGAGAGAGAGAGAGAUGGAGGACUUCUGGACCGGGGCCCUGUGGGCACUGAAGAUCUGGCUGUACCUGAUCGUCUGCCUCAUCAUGUUCCCAGCCAUGUUCGGCUUCUCGCUGGGCAUCUCCGAGACCUACAUGACCAUUCUGUUCAAAACCUUAGAGUGGGCCACGGUGAAGAUACAGAAGGCAAACACAGAGGAACGGACACUGAAUGCCUCCACAUCAAAUAGUCUCAUCCAGAGGGGAGGGGGCUCCAUGGAGAAAGAGUUUGAGGAACUCAGACUCACUCGCCCCAAGCCACCGGUGGGCGGUGAUUUUACACUUAGUGACAGUUUUUAUUUCACCCGCAGAGGAAUUGAGAGCAUUAUAGAGGACGAGGUGACCCAGCGGUUCACGUCAGAGGAACUGGUGUCCUGGAACUUACUCACUCGCACCAACAACGACUUCCAGUACAUCAGCCUGAGGUUGACGCUGGUUUAUGGCCUUGGCAUCUUUGUGAGAUACUGCAUCCUCGCCCCGCUCAGGAUAACCCUGGCCUGCAUUGGCCUGAGCUGGUUGGUAAUAGGAACGUCAACGGUUGGAUUACUUCCAAAUUCAAGGAUUAAGUCUUGGCUCAGUGAAUGGGUCCACGUCAUGUGCUACAGAAUCUGUACUCGAGGACUCUCUGCCACCAUCCACUAUCACAACAGGGAAAACAAGCCCCAAAAAGGAGGGAUCUGUGUCGCCAAUCACACCUCCCCGAUCGACAUCGUGAUCCUCUGCAACGAUGGGUGUUAUGCUAUGGUGGGUCAGAUCCAUGGAGGCCUGAUGGGAGUUAUUCAGAGAGCCAUGGUGAGGUCCUGUCCUCAUGUGUGGUUUGAGAGAGCAGAGAUGAAAGAUCGCCACCUAGUGACCAACAGGUUGAAGGACCAUGUGAAUGACAAGAGAAAGCUUCCCAUAUUAAUAUUCCCGGAGGGAACCUGUGUAAACAACACAUCUGUCAUGAUGUUUAAAAAGGGGAGUUUUGAAAUUGGAGCGACGAUAUAUCCAGUAGCCAUUAAGUAUGACCCGAAGUUUGGAGAUGCUUUCUGGAACAGCUCCAAGUACAGCAUGGUCAGUUACCUGCUGAGGAUGAUGACCAGCUGGGCCCUCGUCUGUAAUGUCUGGUACCUGCCGGCCAUGUAUCAACAGGCGGGAGAAGAUGCUGUCCAGUUUGCCAACAGAGUGAAGUCAGCCAUCGCUCACCAGGGAGGACUGGUCGAUCUACAAUGGGACGGAGGGCUGAAGAGAGCAAAGGUGAAGGAGGCAUUUAAAGAGCAGCAGCAGAAGAAGUAUAGCAGCAUGGUUGUGGGAGAUGACAGCAGCAGCAGCAACAGUGACUGAGGCCCCCCCGGUCAGUGUGACGGACAAACCUCCUGCCCGGCCUUUUGGGAGGAUUCACACUAGCAAGAGGCCUCUCUCUCGUCCGGCGUCGUCUUAUUAGCGGGACUCGCUCUGGGAUGCGGUACUGCCAAGUGGACUUAAUGGACACUGUGAAAACUUUGGUACAGUUGAAACGAGGUCAUUGUGAUUUACAGAGAGCACAAGUGCAAUAUUGACCCGUGGAAACGGACUGACUCUGGCAAAAGGGAAACGUCAAAGUUUCAUCGCCGCGAAAGAUAUUUACCGUUGUGAUUGAAUAUUAUUGCUGAGACAAACAAACAAAAAAACGCUCUGGCUGUGUGAUUGUUGUCAAACCACUGGUACGAUGAACUGGAUUCAUGAAUGUCUCUAUUCUCAUAGUCAGUUGACUAAUUUAUGGGCUGCUCAUUAUUUUUUAUUUUUUUUUAACCCAAUUGUGUAUACAAAUUGAUUACAUGUGGUAUUUCGAUUAUAAAAAGCAAAAAAAACAACCUGUAUAUAUACACAGUAUAACAUAUACAAAAAUACUGAGAUAAUUUUGAUUUUAUCAUUUAAAAAUGGGAUGUAUGUUUUUAAAUCUUGCAGCGUUAUGCAACAAAAUAAUUAACACUUUUUUUAAAAACACGAUUAUUUGUGUAAUUUUGGUAGCCCUUGACCCCUCAUUCCCUUUUUUUCACAGAACACAAAAUGCACAGGGGGUUUUGGCACUUACAUAAUACAUAUGUUAAUGUUUGUGUGCAUUGAAUGUCCACAUUGGAUGUAACGGCCUUAAAGGAGAACACACGUCCGGGACUUUUGGGAUCUGUCUCCACGGGACGGUUUCCCUGAAGCGACACGCUCACCGCCUCCGUUUUUCGGUGGGCUCCCUUCAUUGGCCCCUUAAAAAACAAAUUAGAUAAGAAUUACCAUUAAGUUCGCUCACUGUGUGCGUGUGUGUGUGUGUGUUGACACAAUCCUGUUUUGAGCCGUCAGCGGUCUCACCGUCAUUCUCACGAUCACUCGCAUCUGUGUUGUCCGGCGUGACCUGUGUAAAAACAUACAUCCCUUAAUCACAUCACUGACAGUCACAGUGCCACAUUGGGAAAGGCCUUUGAGGCGUUCAGUCAUGGGCCUCUUCCUGAUGACAGUACUCACCUGUGAUAGGUUGCUUUUGUUUUUCUUGCUCUCUUUGAGUUCCUUGUAUCUGCGAGGGUCAUCCACAAUGACAAGUUUAAGCGCGGUCGACAAGAAAUUAAGCUCAUUUAUCUUCAGUAAUGAGUGAUAGGACAGCAGACGGUGUUUCUUUAAAAUGUGACUUCCCGUCCCACGUUUUCAUUAAACCCAGCCAGGGGAAACAAACGGCAUGGUGAAAUAUUUAUGAGCCAGAUUAGUGCCUCACAUCUGUGUCUCCCUCCGCUCAGUUCAAGUGACAAACAUGCCACUGUUGAUUUACUCAGGCUCAGUGUCUCAAAUGAAGCUGCUUGUAUCUCUUAGCAAUAAAACAAACCAAUACAGCUGCUCUGUAACAAUUUUUUUGUUUUUACCUGAAUGAAUAAAAUGGUUUCUACAUUCA